AUGUUUAAAAUAAAGUUUUUGUUUCAACUGUUUUACUAGCUUUAAUCUUUCUAUGAUUUAAAAAUAUAUUACUUGUUUUUUCUAGUUGAUAUUCGAAAUAUAGUAAAAUACAAUUCAAGCUUUAUAAACAAUUAAUCAAUCAAUAAAUCAGGGAAGCAAGCAAGAAAGCAAAGUAGAAUCUUUAUCCUAAAAAAUUUAGUAUUUUUAUUGCCUUUACUAAUUUGA